UACUUUGAGGGCGGCAUUUCGUCGGUCUACUGUUGGGACUUGGAGCAAGGUUUCGCCAUGGCAGUCCUCAUUAAGAAGACGGGUGAUGCCGCCCCUGCCAAUGGUUGCUGGGACUCAAUCCACAUCGUCGAAGUUCAGGUGA